AUGCACUAGGCGGCAGCUGCUUGGCUAACCAAGGUGGGCUUGGACCAAGACAAUCAACUUGGCAACAGCAUCGAGCUGAAAAUUAACGUCAUGCAGUCCUCUACUUCUAAAAUUGUUAGAUAGACAGAUUCUUGGAGUCAGACUUACAGCUUGGAAAGAUGCCAACUUCACGUGAAAAGCAAGCAAAACGCUUUGCAUCUCAGCAUACUUUGGAGAUGCCAAUGUGUGGAUUGAGAUCAUUUAUGCAUCCCGAAAAGGAAAAUGAUCUUUACCCAUUGAAAUGGCCAGCCUAUGGAAAUUCUGAUGUUCAAAAGAGAAUCAACAGUGUGCUGGGGCCUUUGUCACUAUUUGCACCAUACCCACAUGAAGAUGACCCAGAACCACAAAAGAUCACAGAGUUGGAGAGACCUAUAACACCAAUAAAUGAAGAAAUCAAGACGCAACCCACAUCAUUUGGAAAAAUGGCCAGAUAUGUGCGUCGGAGGAUUGUAGCCAAAGAGGGUGUACCAUAUCUAUCUGUGGAGGAUCAGCAAAAUUUAGCUGCCAUUAUUAUGGGGGAAGUGAACGGCAUCUGGCCUGAUAUUCAUCGACAGAUAGACGACCCUUUUCUGUCUCCAGAGGAAAACAAAGAGCUGAACCGAAGAAUUGCAGUUCAUAUUGUGACAGUAUGUGAAAUGCUGUUUCAACAUUAUCUUCACAAAGCACUGAUUUUGAAUGAGCGAGGUGUGUUCAGUGGACCAGCCAACAUGAGUCGCCUUAAGGCCCAGCUUGCUUUGGAUGCUGAUAGACACUUGAAUGUACUCGCUAUAAGGCGCUACCUUGUGGCAGACAUGAGAGGAAAAAACAAAUCUAGAUCACUGCAUUCCAGCCAGGGGUGUAUUUCCAAGCAUGAAGAACCAAGCCAAAACCUUAAAUCACUCAGUUCUACAGAUAUGUUACAGAUCCACAGCAGUCGACCAUAUUCACAAGAUCCUGUACAGAAGAUGAAGAGUAUAGAGCAGGAUUUGAAAGAUAUAGCAGAUGCAAUGCCAUACCUUGAUACCAGUAAACUUACGGAGCUUGUGGCAGAGUUACCCGAACGCAGCAUGAGGUCACCAUUGGAUGACUUUCUAGAAGUUACAGAAAGCUUCAGCCACACACACCAUUCCCUUCCUCUGGCCUCGUCUCCACCCUCUGAGCGCACACCACCUGUCCGUACCUCAGACACUGGUUCAUCUGCAUCAGGAACAUUAAAUCGUCUAGCUUCAUCCACCAGAGUUAUUCUAAAGCGCAGUAAAUCUGAGCCAGUACUGACAGGUGGAGAGACACUUCUAGAAGAACUGGGUGUCAAGGCUUCAGUGAAAAGGGAUGCCCUGACAGAUGCUGAGCUGACUAUUCUAAAAAAUGAACAGAGAAGACUGGCAGAGGCAAGGAUAAGGUUGGAAAAUGAGCCUAAAGUAGGACUGACAAAUGUUUUGGCCGAAGACUUGAAGAACCUCAUGUAUGUGAAAGAUGAACGAGGAUUCACAAAUGAUGAGGAAGACCUGCCACCAUUACUGCAGGUGAGCAUACUCAAGAGAUUACAAAUAUGUGGCCAUAACCAAAAUGCCCGCCAUGACGACCUCCCUAAAACGCUGAAGCAGACACUGGCGCAGCUAGAGGAGAAAGAGAAACAACGAAUAGAGAGUGAAAUAGUAGAAAUUCAAGCCCCUACCCACCCUCAGCCUGCUACUGUUAAAGCCAAGGUCAAUGAUAAGUUAGUGGUACUGACAUCAGACAUUCGUGUAUCAGAGCGGGUGUGUCUGUCUUCUAUCACCCUUGACUGCCAUGACACAGUCUACAAUGAUCUCAUUGAAGAGAUUGACCCUGUGACUGUGAAAAAUCUGGACAAAAACCUCUUUCUUAGUGAUGAGAUACAUGAAGUGUAUAAAGAAAUAAUGAAGACAGUGCCCUCUAACCACCUGCAGCUGGAUGAUGAUUUCAUGAUUGUGGAGGCACCAGAAACUGUUAACAUUGCUGGAACUAUGGCAUCAGCUACACUCUCAAAGAAGUGCAGUCAGCGUGUUAUCAAUCCCAGCCUGCACCAGGAGAAACCUCCACCUUGGGGACAGCAGGAUAUGAAGACCUGGGUUCAUACCCCAUCUAACCCGCCAAAAAAUUUCCAAGGACAAGAUAUUUUUUCUCCUGUGACACCAAAUAUGGAGAAGAUUCAUGAAGUAAUAAACAACCCAAAGAAGAUGUCCAACUUGAUGAGCAGCAGUCCUGGUACGCCAUCUUUUGUGGGUCACAAGAUGUCCCGCACUUAUGCAUCUUGGCUACAGUGGUGGAAGUCCACCAUAACCAGUGAUGACUACAUGAAAUACCUGUCAACUAUGGAAACAGACUACCUGGGAACUAUAUUUCACUUUUAUAAUUCUGACGAUGAAGAAGAAUCUGAUGAUAAGGAGGAUGAGGCUGUUUCUGCACGUAGGCGUGUUUCAAGACGAAUUGUUUCCAGCAAGGCUAGUCAAGAAGAGAGGGAGCGUGAUCAAAAACUUGAAGAACUACGUGCUCAGAAAACAGAGUUCAAAGAAGGCAUGUGGAAUGUCAAUAGUGUGAUGCUAGGAGGCCUGGGCAAGGACCCCGAACUUCAAGAGGACACCGGGGAAAUGAUACAUCUUGAAAAGACGCAAGACUCUGCACAGCUAUCAGCAAAAAUUCUACAGGAGAGGGCCUUGAUUGCCAGACAGCCGAAGGUGCAACCUAUCAGGCGCGAUAUAACUAGCUUAUCCAAAAAGACGGGGACCUCAGAGGUUGUAGCAGCUACAGAGGGUGGGAAGGAGAAAGAGGAUCAGAAGUCGCAAAACCCGCAAGUGAGGCUGGAAAGGGUGUGGAACUCCCUUCUAAUGCCAGAUGCUCAGCGUUUGGACAUGGCUAUCAAGUACAGCUGUGGAGAAUUCUUCUCCAAGCUGACAGAGGCAGUGGAACAGUGGGAAAAAAUAACAGAUCUGAUACUGCAGCGUGAAGCUUUGCUGGUCAAACUGGAGCAGUUUGAGCGCCUAGCUUCUAACCCCAACCGUUUCUUUGAGAAAGUGAAUGGGGUAAAGAAAAGCUCCAUAUCACUGUUACAAGAAGGAAAACAUCGUGCUCUGCUGCUUAAGAAAAUAGAGGCGGUAGAUGCUGACAUCCGACAAGAGCUGGCUUAUAUGAAGUCGCAGUUCCAGGAUGUUGUCUCUUUUAAGGGCCGGUCAUACGAAGACAAGAUGAAGUGGGACAAAGUUGAAAUGUUGUACUGGCUGCAAGAGGAGCGCAAAUCAAAUGCCCUGAGGUUUGAAUCUUUCCUGCGCCACAUUCCACUCAGGCCUGCACAUCUUGAUCCAAUACCUGCUGCUUCCACAAACUCCAGGUGAAAACUCAAAAAUCUCAUUUUGAAGCCGGCACAGUUGCCAGUCCUGAUUUGUCCUUGUAGCAUACUGGGAAGUUAAAACUUCAAAGUGUGUGUCUUGGGGUUUCACACACAGUGUCUUUCAGAUCACUAUGCUGUUAUUUUUUUUCUUGUGUUUUCCAAUUACUCCAAGAAGUGAAAUCUAUGGCCUGAACAAUUGUCACAGAUUGUGUGUGCAUGUGUGGGCGAGUGGCUGUGUGCACAAUCAUGUGGACUGUGAACUUCCUGGGCACUGUCAGUUGUCCAUAGAUGACCCCCAAGAACACUGAUGGUGGAAAAUAUCUAAAGUUAGCAUAGUUAUUUAUAUGAGAACUUGGGUUCUCCCAUUUAUUUUGUUCAUGCUAUGAUCAUAUUACUCUAAAAUUGGUCACGCAAGUCAAAGCAUUUCAAAUGUAGAUACUUCUGGAGUUCUUAGAUAUAUAGGUCUAUUCAGGAGAAGAAAAAAAAAACCAAAAAAAAAAAAAAAAACCAAAACAAACCUGUCUUGGAAUGCACUUAUGAUGUACAUUUCUUAUACUGACGACAUCAUCUAGAAUUUAUGUGCCCAUAGUUUGCCAUGUAAGUUUUCAUAGAUCUUGUCCAUUUACAUAUAAGUUGAAUUUGCAGAGAAAAUUGACCUUCCCUGCAUUUUCUCCGACAGUAGCUUUUAGAGAUGGUUCUCUCAGAGGGGUCUAUUUUUGAGUAGCCAAGACAAAUAUUUCUCAAAUUCCAAAUAUGUGAAAGGUUGUGAUAUUUAACAUUCUAUUUUGUAGUGACAUAGAAUGUUGUUAUUGUAUUUUCAAUAAACAUGAAUAAACCUA